UGCGGUUUUCUCGUAUAACAUACUUUGCGCGUACCAAGAAUAUGGGUUAGCGAGUGGUUUUAUUGUGAAAACACCCAUGGACAAAAUUUUAGAGGAGGUUUUCAUCUGGUUCCGUAAGAAGCCCGAUUUUUGAUAUCUUUAAAACAUCAUGAUUAAUAAUGCACUUUUUUUUAAUUUUUCAAAAGUUAUUUUUAGGACUUAGAAAUUAAAAUUACAAAAAUCGGGCUUCUCACGGAACCAGAUAAAAAUCUCCUCUACAAUUUUGUUCGUAGGUGUUUUUGUGAUCAAACCACCCGGUAACCCAUGUUAUUGGAACGCGCAAACAUGUUUUUAAAGGAAUUUUUCGAGUGAUUUUUUUCCGUGACACGGCCAGUUUAUUGCCGUUAUCACGUCGUACAGAAUACGUAAAUGCCCCAUAGAUAAUAUAUUAUCUAUGAAAUGCCCGCAUGGCGGAUUCGGCGGAUUGGCGAUGGUUCAGUCAGCCACUGCCCAGCCACUGCUAGUGGUUUAAAUACUGCAAAUUUUCGACCAAAAAUUGGCGUCCAGUUUUUGAAGAUAAACGUUCAUUAUUAUAAACGAAAAUUACCGAUUUGAUUUGUUUUGCGGUUGGCAGAAUAAUAAUAUUGAAAUGCAUCUGAUCAAUUAAAAGUUACACAGUCUGUGGAUUAAAAACAAAAACAAUAAUAAUAAAACUUGAAAAUAUGGCUACUUCUGAUCUAGAUUAUCUACUGUUACAAGGGCAAACACUUUGUAAAGAUACUGAUACAUUUAAGCCAGUAACAAAAAUACAUAAAUCUUUACGUCAGCUAUGCCAGAACGCUGAUCAUGCUCCGAAACAGUCAAAUAGAGGGAAUGGUGAACAAUGCGCAAAAGAAUUUCUAGCAAAUCGUGGUAUAGAUCUUUCUGGCUAUUCUAAUGUGCUUAAAAAAUUAUGUACACUCAGUAAAAAUGCUAUCACACCGUGUGAUUCUAAACCAGUGAUGGACUAUUCAAGUAGUGUAGAGUCCUUGAUGGGGAGACACAUUGAAGACUAUAUCAAUAACUUAGAAGCAAAUGAUAACAAAGAUUCUGAUAAUUAUUUACAAGAUCAUCUAACGAGUUGGAAAAACAUUAAAAAAGAUAUAGUUUACAACGAGUUUGCUUCAGAUUCAUAUGAUGUAUCGUUUUGUCUUCAGAACUUAUUAACUACCAAAAAUACAUAUUUUACAUUUGAUCCCAGCCUAAAUAGUCCCAAUGAGUUGGAUGGUAAUUUUCUUUUUAUUUGGGAUGUUCAAGCGUACAUAAAUCAAAAAGAAUGUGGUAACAAUGAAUUGAUUGAAUUUUUCUUGGAAACCAUACACAAGAAUAAAGCCACUAAUGCACCAGUGAAACAUAUUUGGAAUGUAGUUAAGUACAUGUACAAUAUAAUCCCACAACAAUCACCUUAUGGAUCGUUUAAUGAACGUUUUUCGGAAGAAAAUCAAACAAACCUUGUUAAAAAUGCAAAGAGCUAUCUAGAAGAUAAAUACCAAGCCUUUCUUGUAAAAGAAACCAGGCAUUUGAAUAUUGCUAAUGACGGUAAUUACAUGGCAGCUAUUAUAAGCUCUUAUGUAUUUAUAAACACAGGCAGACCGGCAUCACAACUAAAUGAUUUUCACGUAGACGAACAAUCAAUUUGGCCAUUGCUCUAUUUCAGCUUAAGAUGUGGAAGAAUGGAUGUUGCUACCUAUUUUAUUAAAAAAUCUGGUUUAGCAUUAGAUGAAUUACUAAGUGUUUUUGUUCACCUGAAAGAAGCCAAUUUUACCGAACGUGUUUCUUCCAAUAUUAGCGUUACAUUAAACAAAUAUUACAGAACUCUUCCAAUGUGUGAUAAUGCAUUCAGGAAAAUAAUAUUCUCAUUGUUGGGUGUUGUGGAAGCCAAUAUUGAAAAAAAAGCUAUGUCUAAGACAAUUGAAGACAAGCUGUGGAUGUUAUUAGUUGAACAUUUUGCAAGCAAGUACAUGGAAGAUCCAAACGGGUUAGAUUACUGUUCGUUACAAAGAUAUAUUUUGGACAACGGUAAACAUUACAUGGACCAGCCUCAUGUAUACUUUGAGUUAUUGUUUUUGAUUGGGCAGUUUGAAAGUGCUAUAGACUUCUUAUAUCACAGUAUUAAGUUUUCCAAUCAUGCCGUGCAUAUAGCCAUCGCUUUGAACGAAAAACAUUUAUUAGCCACCCCUGAAUAUUUACAAGCCCCGUUUUUAUCUAAUGAGAACGUUGAUACUAAGUUUGUGCUUCUGAAUUAUACAAGAUUGAUUUUAUUAUUUUGCAAUAAGUUUCAAUCAACCCAUCCUCGUUAUGCAACAUAUUAUUAUUAUUUCUUAAGAAAUGUGAAAAGUCCAACUCUGACUGAAAACUUGUUUCACAAGUGCGUUGCAGAUCUGGCAACGACUUUUGAUGGGGACAUGUGUUAUUAUAUGUUUGGGUGUAUGGCCGAAAAUAAAAAUUUUACAGUAAGUAUUUUACACGAUAUUUUCGAUUAUUACACUGUUACAGCUAUAAUUGAUAAAACACUAGAAUUAACACUGGAAAUAAAUAAACUUGAAGUUGCCUUUAAGCUCUAUAGCUUUACAUCAAAAUAUAAGGCUGCAUACGGUGUUUUGAAUAGUAUACUGAGUUUUGCUAUUUACAAUUAUUAUGAUGUUUUUGAUCAAGCUAUGACUGAUGACAAGUGUAAAAUUGUAAAUAAAAACUUUUAUGACCGGGUUUACUCAUAUUUGGAGGAAUAUAACAAUGAUAUAUACCGUUACAAGAUUUACCUUAAGGAAGAACCAAAUAUUAGUCCCAAUUUGUCAACAUUUCAUGUCUUACGUAAUAUGUAUUUAUUUUUCUAUUAUUCUUCUAAGUACGAAUUUCUUUUAGCCAUUGAGAAGGCCAGUGAUACAGGUCUAGUACCAUUAACUAGUGAAGAUGCAAAACGAUGUUUAAAUAAUUGCACCAAUUGUGAUGAAAUUAUACAGAGAAACAUAAAUAAUUUAAUAAAGUUAUUAGUUAGUGUGUUGUGUAAAGAACAUUCUAAAAUUUUAAAACAUCAAAAUACCUCCAUAAAAGAAGAUUUAUUAAUUGAAGAAGUGGACAAUGAUGUUUUUGAUCAAAGCACAGAGGUUGGAUGGACAAUAUGGAAACUUCAGAAAACCAUUAGAGUUAUAUAUUUAUUCACUGCAAAAUUACCGGUACAUAUUGCUCUUGAUGCGGUUGAAUAUAUUUCAAAUAAUGCAUCAAACAUGCAACUCGGCUGAGAACUAAAAAAUCAUUUAGAUGAUAAAAUAUGUAUAUUAACUUAAUAAUUGUUUUUUUAACAAUAUAAUAUUAUUAACUAAAAUAUUUUUCAUUCAGUUUAAAUUUUUAAAAUUAUAUAUUAUUUGUUAUUUAAUAAGGGUAGCAGUUUUAUUAAAACUGUUUAUUUUUGAGAUUCUCACAUUGUUUAUAAUACCAUUUAAUAUUUAUUGAAACCUUGUUAAAAAAUUGUGUUUUUUUUUUAAUAUUAUAGUAAACGAUUUUUAUUUUUAUUUUUCUAAUUAUCAUUUUGUAAAUAAUUUUUUAUACCAUGGUAAAAAUGUUAUAAGUUUAAAAGUUAUCUAAGGUUAGACCAAUUUUGAGCUGUUUGAUUUGUUAUGACUUUAAUGACCUUGUAAUAAACAAUUUAUCAAACUGUUUCGUAAA